AUGGCACAAUCCUUUCACAAUCAAACGAAAAAAAUCGUUAUUCCGGCGAAUAAAGAGGAUGCAUACGUCUACAAGGUUGGUUCUAAGGGGCUCCAACGAGACACAUCCAAACAACAUGAAGGCGUCUGGAACGCCGAGCCGAAGGGCCUGUCACAAUAUCCAUUGCGGACGAGUCCUGUGAAAUUGUGGAUUUUCUUUUAUGAUCAUUUGAAGAAUACAGACGUUCUGGACGGUAUUUUGGACAACAAUCCGAACCAAGGGGAAUUUGGAUACAGUUGCCAGAAUCCAAGAAAGGCCAAGCCUGAAGAAAUGGUCUUCUUCUUGCCCAAAACCAAGGUGCCAGAUUCAUACAAACCAGGGGGGAUAUGGGUGCAUCCAGUUUUCAAAUUAGAAAAUCUAAAGGAUUUGGAUGAGGGGGCGGCAGGAUUCAUGGUCAUGGGAGACAAAGUGGAAAAGACCACGAGGUUAGGCGUAGGGGGCGCCUGGAACAUGAUGGGACACAAUGCCAAGGUAAAACUACCCAAAAAUGAAGCAGAAUUGGGCGGGAAACAAGCAAAAGAACCAUUUGGGGUCAAGAUCCGCCAGAGUAGCACUGGUGAAAUAUUUCCAGUACCACUUCCAUCGAGCAAGACCAAGGUGGACACGCUCAAGGACAAGAUCUACACGAAGAAGGGCAUACCAUCGGAAGAUCAACGGCUUUCAUUCAAUGGCACGCCGCUCGAGGGCAAGAUGUUAAAGGAUUAUGGGAUUAAGAAUGGGGAUAUUAUUGAUCUUGAGCCAAUGAAGGUAUACGUCAAGAAUCCUAAAGGAAAACGAUUUCUCUUUGAAGUCGCACCAGAUGAACAAGUGGAGAGCUUGAUGGAGAAAGUUGAAAAGGAGGAAGGAACUCCCGCAGAACAGCAAAAGCUGUCAUUUUACCGACGGAAACUGGAUCCAGCCAAGACCCUGGCGGACUACCGGAUCAAGCACAUGAAUAUCAUUGAUAUGACACUCGCACCACCCGUCAAAAAGGCACGUGUCUUUGUCGAAAUUCCCGAGGGUCUCAAUUCAGAGGGAGACCCCAAUAAUAAGAUUGAGCUCAAUGUGGCACCGACCAAGACCUUUGGCCAAAUCAAGAAACUUGUGGAAGAGCAGACAGGAGUUCCAGCAUCACGACAACGAAUAUUUUUUCAAGACAAGGAAGUUCCUGACAAGAAGCCAAUCGCGAAAGCAAAACUUCAGGAUGGCGAUACGAUUCGAAUGGAGCCGAUCCCUGAAGCAGAAGUCGACGUGAAAAUGCCAGACGGAACUAGUCGGCAAUUUGUCUUUGAUCCUGAGGUGCCUGUUGGGGAAUUCAAGGAAAAGCACAAGAAGGAUUUCCCUGCAGGGACGAAGCUCAUGUUCAAUGACAUUGAAAUGGUAGACGAGGAUCCAAUGGGGAAAUACAACCUGAAGAAAGGGGAUGUCCUUGUUGCCGAACCAGAGGAUGUUGAAGUUGCUACACCCACCGGCAAGGUAAUGUUGUCAGCUUUCACAACAUUGACACCAAGCGAUAUAAAGGACGUCAUUGAAGAAGAGACAGGUGUACCUAAGUCGCAACAGCGGAUUUUCUUUUUCGAUGAAGAACUGGUCGAUGAUGACAAGCCCAUCGAUAAAGAAAAGCUGAAAGCGAUGGGCACACAAGGACUUCGAAUGGAACCAGUGCCUCCAGAGGUCGAAAUUACACUACCCAGCGGUCAAAGUCGAGCAUUCUUUAUGGACCCAUCAGACACGGUACAAGAUUUCAAGGAGAAGCAUAAGGCGGACUUUCCACCAGGGACCAAGCUGAUGUUCAACGAUGAAGAGCUAGUGGACGAGGAUCCACUGGGAAAAUACAACCUCAAGAAAGGGGACGUGCUACUGGCCGAUCCAGACAAUGUCGAAAUCGAUACACCCACCGGCAAGGUAAUGUUGUCAGCUUUCACAACAUUGACACCAAGCGACAUCAAGGAUGUCAUCGAAGAAGAAACGGGAGUACCCAAAACCCAACAGCGGAUUUUCUUUUUCGAUGAAGAACUGGUCGAUGAUGACAAGCCCAUCGAUAAAGAAAAGCUGAAAUCGAUGGGCACACAAGGACUUCGGAUGGAACCAGUUCCUCCAGAGGUCGAAAUUACACUACCCAGUGGUCAAAGUCGAGCAUUCUUCAUGGAUCCAGCGGACAAGGUGAAAGAUUUCAAGGAGAAGCAUAAGGCGGACUUUCCACCAGGGACAAGACUCAUGUUCAACGAUGAAGAGUUGGUGGACGAGGAUCCAUUGGGAAAAUACAACCUCAAGAAAGGUGACGUGCUCGUUGCCGAACCGGAUGAUGUAGCUAUCGAAACUCCUCGAGGCAAAGUCAUGCUCUCGCAUUUACCAACAAUGACACCAAGCGAUAUAAAGGACGUCAUUGAAGAAGAGACAGGUGUACCUAAGUCGCAACAACGACUAUUCUUCUUUGACGAAGAACUGGUCGAUGAUGACAAGCCCAUCGAUAAAGAAAAGCUCAGAUCGAUGGGCACACAGGGACUUCGAAUGGAACCAGUGCCUCCAGAGGUCGAGAUCACUCUACCCAACGGCCAGAGUCGAGCAUUCUUUAUGGACCCAUCAGACACUGUACAAGAUUUCAAGGAGAGGCACAAGACGGACUUUCCACCAGGGACCAAGCUGAUGUUCAACGAUGAAGAGUUGGUGGACGAGGAUCCACUGGGAAAAUACAACCUCAAGAAAGGGGACGUGCUACUGGCCGAGCCAGAUGAUGUAGCUAUCGAAACUCCUCGAGGCAAAAUCAUGCUCUCGCAUUUACCAACAAUGACACCAAGCGACAUCAAGGAGGUCAUCGAAGAAGAGACAGGCGUGCCCAAGUCGCAACAACGACUAUUCUUCUUUGACGAAGAACUCGUAGAUGAUGACAAGCCCCUGGACAAAGCGAAGCUCAAGUCAUUGGGAACUCAUGGUCUUCGUAUGGAGCCAAUACCAGCAGAGGUGCAAAUAACGAUGCCGAACGGCAAAUCUCGAACGUUUGUAAUGGAUCCAGAAGAAUCGGUUCGAGACUUCAAGAAGAAGCACAAAAAGCAUUUCCCUCCUGGGACGAAGAUGACAUUCAAUGGCGUGGGGCUAGCUGAUGAAGAGCCACUUGGAAAGUAUAAUCUGAAGAGAGGCGAUGUACUAGUUGCCGAGCCAGAAGGAGUAGCUAUUGAAACCCCUCGUGGCAAAGUCAUGCUGUCACUACACCCAACAAUGACACCAAGCGACAUCAAGGAUGUCAUCGAAGAAGAGACAGGCAUCCCGAAGUCGCAACAACGACUUUUCUAUUUGGACGAAGAGUUGACAGAUGAUAUGAAACCGCUGGACAAAUCUAAGCUACAAGCCGUUGGAACUGACGCACUUCGAAUGGAGCCGGUGACUGACGACGACCCAACUGAUCCUAAACUUGCCAACACAAGCAACCCAAGGGCUUUCUAUCUAACGGAACCUGAAGAUAUCGAGAUCAUGCUUCCAACUGGAAAAAAGGUCGCUCUUGCUGUCACACCAACCAUGACUGUUGAAGAGCUGAAGGCUGUUGUGGAAGAAAAGGUACCAGAAAUGAAAAAGUCGAAACAACGUCUAUUCUUCUUCGACAGCGAUGGUAAAAUCAACAACAAGACGCCAUUUUCAAAGGUCAUGUUUGAAAGAGGAAGUCCAUUGGAAGUGAAGCCAUUUGAAAUCACAAUCUUAAAGCAGAAUAAUGGAACUUCCUUUCAGCUCUAUCCCGAUCCACUAGAGUACUUGGAUGACAUCAAGGAUAGAAUAGAGGAGAUUACAGGCAUCCCCCCGGACUCUCAGUACCUUUCUAUGAUGGGAUCCAAACUGGAUGACAUGCUUACGCUAGAAGCACAGGCCAUUGAACACAUGUCGAGACUGACAUUAGACACUAUGGAAAUCCUGGUUGAUAUUCCCGAUGGAAAUCGUAUUCCUGUGGCAGUGCAGCAUGAUGAGAGCAUUCGGAGCAUCACGGAGAAGCUUGAAAAUACUACUCAAGUGCCCGCGGAACGACAAUGCAUCUUGUCUGGACCGGAUCAGCUUCAAGAUGACGAUACUUUAGAUGCCAAGGGUAUCGAUGGUGGCGAUAUUCUCAAGAUGGAGCUAUUUCAGGUCAAUUUUUUGCAUUGGUUGGGCUAUGAAUUCAGUAUCGACGGCUUGUCGCCAAAUUCAACAUUGCCGGCCAUGAAAGAACGAAUCGAAGAAGAUAAGUUGAUACUCAAGGAAGACCAAAACUUCGAGCUGAAGGGUCAGGUUCUCAACAAUGAAGAAACACUGCGGAAGCAGGGUAUCAAUCAUAAGGCUUUGCUUGUCAUGCAAGAGGGAAAAAAGAUUGAAGUUUCUCUACCGCGAAAGAAGAAAAUGACACUUACAAUCUUCCCAACCACAACAAUGCGCGACAUGAAGCAGAUCAUCGAAGAAAAGAUUCCAGCCAUGAAAACGAAGAAACAACGGCUUUUCGCUUUUGAUAUGGAAGAUGAAAUUGAGGAUGAUACACCACUCUCAAAGCUGAAGUUUGACGACGGUCAUCCACUAGAGUUACGGGCAAUGGAAAUAUCAGUGCAGCAUUGGAACGGUAAAUCUUUCGAUUUGCCAUGUGCUCCGUCCGAAUACAUCGAUGAUGUGAAAGAUAUGUUGGAAGAUUUGACAGGCAUCCAGGCUUCUUCCCAACGACUGACGCACGAUGGAAAAGGCGUGGACGAUACGCUUCGACUAGAAGAGCAAGGUAUUGUGGAUGGAAGUACCCUGCUUUUGGAGCAGAUGAGAAUCGUAGUACGACUGCCAGAUGGACGUAAGAUUCGAUUGCGAGCAGAACUAAAAGACACAAUUAAGUUGAUCAAAAAGAAGAUCGCCAAGAAAUCAAGUCAGCACCAUGAAAAGCAGAGUAUGUUGUUUGCUGGUGAAGAUCUUGACGACAAGUCAACGUUGGGGGCUUGUAAUAUUGCGAAUGGUGACGAGUUGACUAUGGAGAACUUUCGGAUUGAUAUCAUGGAUGAUUCUGACGGAACUAUUGUCACACUCGUUGAUGUUGCUCGUAGUGACACCAUCGACGAUGUGCGGCAACACAUACGGAAACAGUUCAACAGACAAGUAGAACCUCAACAACUCUUUUCGCAGCAAAGUUCAUCAGCUCUGGACGACAGCUCUAGUCUGAAGAAGCUUGGAAUCGCACAUAAGUCGAUUAUCGUAAUUCGGACACCCGAAGAGAAAAUUGCGGGAUACAAAGCUGAUAGGCUUCAAUUCAACAAACUGUUUUCGACAAAGAAAUUUGACGAUCUUGAUGACGAUAUUAUUAUUCCAGUUGAACCAGACUGGAGGACCAGAACGUUCAUUUUCGACAAUGAUGCAACUCCAAUUGAUGGAUUCAUAACCAUUACCGUCUUACAUUGGUCUGGGAAAUCAUUUUCCUUUGACAAGGUUAGACCAAGAGAUACAAUCAAGGACAUUAAGCUGAGAAUCAGGAAAAAGAAGAAGAAGAAGUUCCCGCCAUACCAUUUGCGACUCAACGGAAAAAUUCUUAAAGAAUCCGGAACACUUCUCAAGCUGGGGGUCGGACACAAGUCGAUCUUCGUGAUGGAAGAAAAGACGAGAAAGUCGAUAGAUAUGGUGCCACAAGUGGACAAGAUAAACAUCGGAACGCUCGAUACCCUUACAGAAGACAGUAUCACUGUUGCAAUCAAGCUGUGGAAUGGAGACCUGCUAGAGUUGGCUAUCGGAGCCACAGAGUACCUUGAUGAUAUUCGAGAUGAAGUAUUCAACCGUCUUUCUAUACCAGCAGAGUAUCAGAAUCUCUCAUUUGACGGUGAUCUUGUCGAUGACACUUUGACGCUGAAGGAGCAGGAAAUCGUAGAUGGAUCCAUGCUGGUACUGGAACAGUUGGAAAUCCAAAUCAACUUACCGUUCAAGGGAACUAUGUUGUUGAAAGUAGAACCAGAGGAUACGAUUGCAUCCAUCAAACAAAAAGUCGAAAAGAAAACUGCCUUUGCUGCAAAGGUUCAGUGUUUUCUGUUCCAAGGGGAACUUCUUGACGAUUCCAGUAGGAUAAUGGAUUGCGAUAUUCAGCACGAAGAUGAACUGGAUGUCGAACUAUUCGUACUGAACAUCUUGCAACUACAAGGUGCUAAAUUCGCUAUCUCUGGUGCUAUCCAUCCAGGAAGUACCAUCUAUGACGUCCAACAAAUCAUCGCUAAGAAGCAGCUUAUCCCUACACACCUACAGCAAAUUCGAUUGCACGGGAAGGUAUUGAACCCGGAUCUUCAGCUUUCAAGACAAGGGGUUGUUCACAAGUCGAUUUUGAUCCUCGAAGCAUCAGGAGACAAGGACCAGCAACAGUUAAAGAGAGAGAAAAUUCAAUUGCAAGUCCCAGCAGCACCUAUUCGAAGACGAUUAUCAAAUCCAGAACUUGAAUCACCAACAUUUCGAGGUCGCAAGACUGUCCCAGCAAAGGGAGCUACCAAGAGAAACAGCUCUGUAGAUGCAGCUUCAGCAAAUAUUCAAUCGAUGAGCAAAUCAUCUGCCGAGGAUUCAAAACCGGACUUGGACGAUGGGUCGAAGCCUGUCUUGCGAGCACGGAAGGGGAAGCGAUCGAAAUCAGUGGACCGGAGUAGGGAUAGUACACCAGUGCCAGAAGAGGAUGCAAGACCGGCGAUGCGAGGACGGAAAACCGAUAAAAGGAAAGUGAAACGAUCCAAGUCUGUGGAUCCAACUACUGCUGAUACCACAGAUCCGGCAGACGCAGAUGAUUCCAAAUCUUUGAAGAAGAAAAAAGGCAAGCGCCCCAAAUCCCCAAAACGGACCAAGUCUCCAAAGCGAACCAAGUCCCCAAAGCGAUCCAAGAGUCCCAAGAGAGCUUCAGAAAAGCGACCAAGUGCGGCGGCUUCUGUUGAUUCCAAACCUGAUAAUGAUGAGGAGGAGAGCAAACAAGAGGCGUACAAGCUUGGUGCGCUUGCUGGUAGGGUUCACAUUGACAAGUCGACAGCGAAAUCAGAAGUGGAAAAAGUAAAAGCAAAAGAAGAAGCAAAGAAAAAAGAGAAAAAAUCGGGUUGGUGGGGUUUCUAA